AUGGAGCAUGCGUCUCUCUGGCCAGUAGGGCUGUCGUACUUGGCGUCGUGCCCGGAGGAAGGCACCCGGCGAGCUGAGCUCAUGCUGGAGCGUGUGCCCCCGCGCACAGAGGCCAAAGCCAUGCGGAUAGUCGCUGAAGCUAAGAGAUAUGGCUUGCUUUCUGUCGCGCAGUCGGUGUGCGCGAGCGUGUGCGCGCGGCACCUGCAGGCGGGGCGCGCGGGCGCGGCGCUGGCGUGGGCCAUCCGCGCGCGCUGCCCCGCGGCGUGCGCGCGCGCCGCGGCCGCCGCGCUGCAGGGGUACGCGGCGCGCGGCCGCCUGCCCGCCGCAGACCUGCUGCUCACGUGCGGCAGCGCCAUGCUCAUGGCCGACACGCUUGUGUUUUUAGGAAAAUACUGUGAUUUCCACAGAAUGUACAAAAAUAGAGAAUUCAAGAAUGCUGCGAAGCUGUUGGUUUCGUUAAUCACGUCUAAAAUAGCUCCUGAUUAUUUCUGGGAGACACUGUUACUGGACACCCUGCCACUCCUCGAGUCCGACGAGCCAGUGUUCUCGUCAGCAGACACGUUCGAGAUCAUGGCGUGUCUCGAACUGAGACCCAGCGGGCUCAGCGGCGAGAAGGCGGACUUACUGCGGCUGGCGCUCGCCAGGAACCUUGCGAGGACUUGUUUAGCAGACGUGGACGAGGGAGAAUGA